AUUAAAGCAAGAAAUGGAAACAUUGCUGUCAGAGGCCACCUAUCUUAUCAAAAGUCUAGAAACUGAUCGAGCAGAAGCUGAACAAGCUUUAAAACAACAAAAAUCGAGAAAGAAAUUGAUUAUCAUGAAAAUUGACUCUUGGUCAAUUUGGAAACUUCAAGAACUACCAUUAGCUGUGCAGACAGAACACGAAGCCUAUUUGAGAGAUAUUAUAGAAUUAAGGUCUCAUCUGAAAGACAGAAAUCAGCAGUUAGAACAUUUGGAGGAACAAAGGAAAAAGCUGGAAGAAGCCAACGCAAAGGUUCAGGCAGACAUAGACUUCAUGCAGGGUCACACUGCUCUGCUGGACUCAAAGCGCAGGCAGGAAGAGGAAGCUCUGCAGGAGUGUCACCAAAGGAAAAUCGAGGUAAUGAAUGCAUUCAGACAAAUUCAUGAAGAACUUGAACAAAUUACAAAAGACUGUGCUAAUGCCGAUUGGAAGAUUCAAAAAAACAUAGAAGAAAUGAAGAAAGAUAUUCGUAUGGAUGAACUAAGCCUAGAAAUAUUUAAGAAAGAGGUUGGUAAACUGAAUAAUCUGCGUACUCACUACUGUUCAAAAAUAGAAGAUGUUAAAACAAGUAUUGAGGAGAGUGAAGAAACAGUGAACGAAGUACUAAGAGAAGCAAAAACAUCAACAAAAGAAGUAUCUGUUUUAUCAAAAACACUGGAUGAUUUGAGGAAGACUUAUGAUCAACUGUACUGGAAGCAAAGAAAAUAUGAGCAUAAGUGCAUGGAAGUAGUUAACAAAUUUUAUGCCGCUAAAAAAGCGUGGGAUGUUGAACUUUAUAAUGUUACGAGAGACUUUACAGACAUUUCAAUACUAUAUGCUCAAGCAAUGGGAGAAAAUAAAAGACUUUCAGAUGAAAUCAUCACCAUAACAAAUCAAAUCAGUGAAAGAAUCGGAUGUGGAAGAGUGCAGGCGGGGGGCCGAUCUGUACACAGGAGACAGGAGGAUUUAGUCCACGGUCUGGAGCUCAAUGCCGUGUCCCCUGAAGAUGGGCAGCCGGGUUUGUAA